AUGGGAAAUAUAUGUUCAAGAUCGGCCAACGAGCCUGACUCCUCCUCCGCGCGCCCUGGCCCUGGCCGUGUCCUGGGCUCGUCCGCAGCUCCUGCUGCUGGCCCACCAGCUCGAGCACCAGUUCCAGCCAACCGCAAAAUACAAGGCGCUGGUAGAACCCUGGGAGGCUCAACAGGUGGAGAACCAGAAGAUGCGAAAAAUAUGGCCGGCGAGGCUGCUCAGAGACGCGCUCAAGCUCUAAAUGCUUCCAGCAAAGGAAAACUGGCGAGUCAGCUAGCAGCUCAGAAAGCCCAAACGCAGUCACAAACACUCAACUCUGCCAGCCAGGUAGAACGCGACACAAGGAAUGCGGAUAGUGCAGCAGAGGCACGACAAUGGAAUUAA